AUGUGUAAUUUUAUAGGCCCGGAAUCCGUUGAUUCAAAGGAUCCGAUGGAUUAUAUUCGCACAGAACAUAUUCCCCCUUUAUCGCAGUUUGGCCGUAGAACUUUACCGAUAAAUACGCAAACAGCGCUUCUCGAGGUGACGGAGAUACCAGUUCGUGAUGAUCCAAGCUACAGAAAUCCCAAUUCAAAGCCAGAAGAGGAAGAUAAGGGAAGCUGGCACAGUCUCAGGGCAUCAACACAAUACCCUGGUCUUUCAGGGAGACCUUUAGUUCGUACAAGCCCUAACUCGAAGACCACAUCCAAAGAUGACCAAAGUCUCUCAAUCGCUCAAGAGCUGCCCACGAAGUCGGUACACUUUCAAGGAUUCGAUGGCACAGAGUUGGUGCCAAAAAAAGAUCAAGAACAAGGAGUCCGUACCCGUAGAUCUCAAUGGGCAAAUUCACGAUCGAGGUCCCAGAGAAGAAUGGUUCUCAAGCGGUCACAUUUUUACAAGAACAUGAAAUUUAAAAAAGGGCCAAGAAAAUUUUAUCUUAAGGGCAUUGCAAAGGAAAGUAACUCUGAUUCUCGACCUGCGUGCCGCAAGUCCAAGAUAUACCCUCGUCGUUAUGUUCAACCUUUGAAAAGCUCGAGCUCGGACAUGGUCAACGACAACAAUUGGUCUCAAAUUCUGGAUGAAUAUAUCACGCAAAGGCGUCAUGGUAAAAAUGUCAAUCUCAAUGAUACUACCGAAUUCACCAAGUGCUGGCCCCCACCUCUCUCUUAUGCGAACAUCACAGUGGAUUUUCACACACCGUUAAUCUCCGAUCCGAAUUCAGACAGUAACCACAAUAUCGACACUAAAAGUGAUACUGAAAGUGAAACCUCUUCUUUUUUUACAGUAUUUGAGAUAAGGAAUCCUGUACCAGAUGGAGAAGUCAGACAUCCUGGGAGCUGCGAUUUUCCAAAUGUACCGGGUACAUAUCCAAGAUCCCGUCCGGAAUAUCGGCCAGGUAGUGAACCUUUGUUCUUUUCGGCAGAAUUGGGGGUGGCUAAAUCGCCUUCACAAAGCCAACUCUUUAGAAACGUAUCUCCAAUGGAUGCGCCAAAGUCCAUGUCAAAUAGCGAUGUAAACAUGGAUGAUGUGAGUGCUGCCCAGUCUAAGGGAGACUCUUCCCCACCAAGACGUCCUAAGUACGUCUAUAAACCUAGGGACUAUUCGUUGCGACCUCGUGAGCCCUGGGAAUUUCCGGAUCCUUUUCCUCUGGCGCCAUUACAGGAAGUCACUGCUGCUAGCCGGCCUGACUCAUCGCAGCAUCUAUUCUCUACAGCUAGAGUUCAAAAUGAUACCGCCGAAGAUUUCAAAGCCAGAAGGCGUCGACGCAGGCAUAUGAUCGAUGAAGAAGACUAUUCGGAUGAGGAUUGGGACGCUCAAGGCGAACCUAGAAAAAUUCUCCGUCUGCAUUACCAGGAAGUGAAAAACAAUGGGAACGAGUGGGAGCCGUUGACUGAUGAAAAGGCCAAAGAACUGAUGUUAAAAGGAAGAGCUGACGAAUAUCAUAAUGUCAAGCUGUCAGACACGACGGGAACUGAAUUGUGUAAGCGAAAAAAGCUUGAAACGUAUAAGCGGAGAAAGCUUGAAAAUGAACCACGGAAGGAUUCUCCUUCAUCUUCCGUGGAACAAUGUUCAGAGCCCCACAAUGGUUCCAGGACUAAUGGAGGCAUCGAGUCGAACACAGUAGCCGUAGGUUCACCUCCAACACCAAAACCGAAACCAAGUCGAGGACCGCGGGUGCGUGUCAACGGAAAAUUAAUUACCCACGAUGAAAAGACGGAAAGAGAGCAAGCCAGUCGUAGACUGGUCAUAGAAUUGCGUCAUCUACAGCUUUCGUCGAUGGCUGUCAUGGAAGCUCUCGCACAGAAUAGGUCGAGCAAUGGAGACAAAACUGUGACGCAGCAAAAAAAGAGAGAAUUACAAGAUAUUCGGGAUAAAGCGGUUUCUAUGGAAAUUCCGGGAACCGAAGAUGAUCGACAGAGGGCGGCCCGAAUCAUUGUUGAUAUUAUAGAUUCUAACAUGCAACCUAUCGCAAAUGGAUUUGGGCCUGAUGAUGCGAUGAAUUCUUCGCGCUGGUUUUCUCAUGACAGAUUUAUGAAUUAUACCCGAUUGAUAUCAGCUGUAGAAGCGGAGUCAGAUCAGCUAGAAGACCAAAUGAGUCUGCUCCCCAUAGGCUCCGAGGAGUACAAAAUACUAGAAAGCCGAUUGGAGUCUCUGCAAACAGAACACGAAUUUUUGGAAAAGAGGGAGGAUUUCUACGUUGAUGAGACAAAUGAUAUCGAGCAAUGGUGUAGCGAUUACGAAAAUCAUAAUCCCCCUUUGUUAACGGGAGACCCACGUGUUAACGCUGAAUAUGGUGCAGCGAUAGGAAAAUGGUACUCACAAGCUCCGCCGAAAACACUAAAAGAAGAGGAAGAUGAUCUUCAAAAGGCAAUAAGAAUGUCAUUAGGUGAAACUGAACCAGUGGGAGAAGAUACCAAGACUAAGCACAAACAAGUCAAGCCGCGAAUUAUGUUGACCAAGCACAAAGAUAAUGAGGGUUCGGCUUCACAAAGGCGUACACCAAUCCACCAAAGUACCAAGCUUGCAGAGGCUAUGUCAUCCGAAGCGCUUUGGAAAGAGAGUACAUCACUCGCGCAGUUUCAAGACGACUCAAUGGAUGAGACUGCAGCGUUUGAGAAAGCGAAGGCUAUAUCGCGUGCACAGUAUCGAAAUGAGAGUCCGCCACCUGACGACGACGAUUAUUAG